AGGAGAAAAUGACUUCAAAGUUUGCUUUGGGCGUUAUUGGUGUAUGUCUGCUCAUUUUUUCAACAAUGGCCAAGGCACAAGACAGCCAAUACUAUGGUUCAUCAUCAAAAGUCUUCAAUGUUAUGUCAUAUGGUGCAGUUGCUGAUGACAAGACAGAUAAUAGUCAGGCCUUUCUCAAAGCAUGGAAUGAUGCUUGUCAAUGGAAAGGAAGGAGCAAGGUAUUGAUCCCAAAAGGAACCUACGUGUUGAACUCAUUGACAUUUCAGGGACCAUGCAAGGGUUCAACGACAAUUUUAAUAAAAGGGGUUCUUAAGGCACCCACAGAUCCUUCAUUGUUCAAUCCAAAUACAUGGAUAGGAUUUCUUUAUGUGAGUGGACUUGUGGUUAAAGGUGGUGGCUAUUUGGAUGGACAAGGUGCUUCUGCUUGGCCAUAUAAUGAUUGUUCCAAGAAUUCUCAUUGCAUGUCUCUUCCUGCUACAAUGAGAUUCGACUUCGUGACAAAUUCAGAAAUCCAUCAUGUGAAAUCAAUCAACAGCAAGAAUACCCACUUCAACCUCUUUGCAUGCAACAACAUAAACAUGACAUACCUAAGUAUAUCAGCCCCUGCAAAUAGCCCCAACACUGAUGGCAUCAAAAUCGGAAAAUCAACAAACAUCAAGAUUUCAAGAACCAUUAUUCAGACCGGCGAUGACUGCAUCUCCAUGGUUUCAGGCAGCCGAAACAUCGACAUUUCCGACGUUACGUGUGGGCCAGGCCAUGGCAUUAGCAUUGGUAGCCUAGGAAAGUCCCCUGGAGAGUUUGUAGAGGGAAUAAACGUGAGGAAUGUCACCUUCAUUGAGACUCAAAAUGGUGUGAGGAUCAAAACUUGGGCACCUUCUUUGUCUAGUGUGGCUUCCAACAUAUUCUUCAGCGACAUUCACAUGCAAAAUGUCAACAAUCCUAUCUUUAUUGAUCAACAGUAUUGCCCACAUACAACUUGCUCCUCGGGUAAACCAAGCUCACAAGUGGAGAUAAAGAAUGUGAAAUUCAGAAGGAUAUGGGGGACAUCAAGUUCGAAGGUAGCAAUAUCCUUAAAAUGUAGUGCAUUGGUACCUUGUAAGAAUGUGGAGCUUGAGGACAUCAACUUGGCAUACCAUGGACAUCAUGGCUCAGGAUCAGCAACCUCGUCUUGUUCCAAUGUCAUCGGUGUUUCACAUGGCACACAGUUUCCUCCCAAUUGUAUUAAUUAGAUAGGGGAUAGCUCUUUUAGUUCUCUUUAAUUUUCUUCAUUUUAUUCUCAUCUUUCUUUAGGUUCGCGAUUCUUUUUAGAAAAUCCUUGUAACUUAGGGGGAAAGGGGACUCUGAGAUUUGAAACCACACCUAUUGUGUGAACAUUUUUCAAUCAGUAUUACUAAACUAUAUGUCUUCGUGGUAGU